AUGGGCGGCUCAACCCACCACCACCCCUUCCAAUCCCUCUCCCCCCUCUCCUGGACCACCGACCUCUCCUCGGGCACCUCCCCCGAGGUCAUCUCCAAAGUCAUAACCGACACCUUUUCCAACGCCCAAAUCCUCGUCGACUCCCUCCCUCCUUCCCCCCCCCACCCUCAGCCCACAACCCGCCCAAGAUCGCAAACCGAAUCCGCGACUGCGACCCUCGAUCUGAACUCUGUCCUGUCAUCAUCACCAGAGACAAAAGCCACGGUGGAGAAACUGAGGAAAGAGUGGAAGGAGGUGAAGACUAAUCCGAGGGAUAACCCCCACGGGAUUACUGUGUACAAAUUAUCGGCCAAAGAUGGCAAGGGGGCUUGGUUCGGGCGGUACAGCUUGCAUCACGGGAUGGAUUUUGGGAGGUGGGAGGAGGCGUUGAGACGGGAGUUCAAAGAGACGCUCAAGAGGUGUGAGAGGGAGGGGAAGGAGCCUGGAUGUGGGAAUAUUAGGGGGAUCGGGGCGGAGAGGGUGGUGGUUUCGGCGAGGUUUGGAGGACCGACGACGGCGAGGGAUUUUAUUGCGCUGCAUAUGACGCCUCCGGUGAGGAAGGAGACUGAUGGGGAUAAUAAGAAGAAGGGGAGGGGGCUGAGGCAGUUUAUGCUUGUGAGUCGGCCGGUGGAGCACCCUGAUUGUCCGCCUCGGUCGGGGUUUAUUAGAGGGGUGUAUGAGAGUGUGGAGGUGAUUAGGGAGGUGCCGGUUGUGAAGCUGCUUAGGAGGACGAGGUCGAGUGGUGACUGGGGCGAGCAUGAUGGGAAAGACGGCAAGGACGCUGCUCUUAGGUCGGCCAAGAAGGCGAUUGAAGAGAGGCAGGAUAGUGAAGAGGAGGAUAUGGAAAUGGCAAUUGAGUGGUUGAUGGUCACGAGGAGUGACCCGGGGGGGAGCGUGCCAAGGUUUAUGGUUGAGAAGGGAACUCCGGGGGGGAUUGUGAAUGACGCGGGGCAGUUUCUGAAGUGGUUUGAAGCUCAGCAGCAACGGAGUGAUGACGAUGAGACGGCUGUUGAUGGAGACCAUGAAGGGGAGGGGGAGGAGGUGAGCAAAGCCGAAGGAAAGAAGCCCGAGAAAAUCGAAAACGGCGGCGCGGUUGAUUCCUCGGUGUUGAAUCAACUCCGUGACACGGACCAUAAUGGGGAGGUGCACCGCCAUGACAAACGAGGCGAGGUCACGCCCCCGAGCGGCUUUUACGGUAUGAUAGCAUCAGCCCUCGGGGCAGCCGGCUCAGCGGUUGCGUCUAGAGUAGCCACCCUCGCCGGCUCGACGAUUGCUACCGAAGACGAAGAGAGCCUGUCCAACGACAAUGACGACGAAAGCGACACAUCAUCCGAACUCAGCUUUGCCUCUGCGUCAGAAGGUCACAACGCAGAGGGUGGUGGUGGCGAUGAUGAUGUCACGGCAGCGGGACUGUUAUCCAAAGCCGACUCUCACAACGACGUCGCCUCCACCUUGUCUUCUGUCUCGCCCUCGUCCCUGCACUCCAACGACGACAACAACUCGGUAGCUCACACUUCGCAUUCGGCCUCGCUGUCGAGCCAGCACGAGAAGGAGCUGAAGAAGCUGCAGGAACGCAUGAAGAAGGCGCAGGCUAAGCUGGAGAGGUCGCACCAGAGGAGACAUCACAACCACCACAAGGAAUCGGACGAGGCGAAGGAGGAAGCGGCGCUUCAGAGGCUGAAGGAGAAGCAUGAGAGGGAGAUUGCCAAGCAGAAGGAGAAGUAUGAGAGGGAGGUGAGGAGGCUGGCGGAGAAGAAGCAGCAGGAGGAGAAGAAGAAGGAGGAAAAGAGGAGGAAGAUGCAGGAGAGGGAGGAGAGGGCGGAUCUGGCCAUGGAGCUGGAGCGGACGAGGGCGGAGAGGGAUGUGGCGAGGAAGGAGAUUGAGAUUUUGAGGGGGCAGGUGGGAGAUUUGCAGAGGGAGAAUACCAUGCUUGUUGCGAGACUGGGGAAGAUGGGGGUUGGGGUGGGGGAUAUUUAUGAUGGGGGGAAGUAG